AGAAGAGGAGAAUCUGUGAGAGGAGAACCUGUGAGAGGAGAACCUGUGAGAGGAGAACCUGUGGGAGAAUCUGUGAGAGGAGAACCUGUGAGAGGAGAACCUGUGAGAGGAGAACCUGUGAGAGGAGAAUCUAUGAGAGGAAAACCUGUGAGAGGAGAAUCUGUAAGAGGAGAAUCUGUGAGAGGAGAAUCUAUGUGA